AUGCCGCCUCGCCGCCGGGGAGGUUCGGGCUUCCGCGGCGUCCGCGUGCGUCCGUCCGGCACCUACUCCGCCUCGAUCCGGUUGGGCGGCGGCGUGCGCCUCGGCCUCGAAACCUUCGACACCGCCCAGGACGGCGCCCGCGCGUACGACGCUGCGGCGUGGCGCCUUCGGCGGCCUCGUUGGGACAUGAACAUCAUCGACGUGGCGACGCCAGAGCGGGCACAUGAGUUGGCUCCUUUCCCGCGGCUUAUCACCGAUGAGGAUCGGCGCAAAAACCAGAGGCGGGAGCGCCGUCUCAGCCUGGCCGAGAUGGACGAGGAAGCCAUGGCGCUGUGGAGGCAACACUUCCCACAAGAUAUCAUCAACGAGGAGCAGUUCUUCGCCGAGAGGAGGGCGCAGAGGAAGGAGAAAAGGAAGGAGCGAGCCACCUAUCGCGAGGACAAGCAAACGCGGAAGGCGGUCGCUAAAUACAACAUGGCGCUAGGAGAUGCGUCGUCCUGGGACUCCCGCGACGAUCGGUUCCUUGACGCCUAUGCUCAAACGUCUGAGGAGGACAUCACCGAGACAGAGUCCGAGUCGGAGAAUGACGAGUAG